GGAGGCGGUCUCUGCAGCGGUUGACUGGCUGACCGUGCUGCGCACAGGCGCAGAGAGGGGCGCGGGGGCGUGGGGGGAGGAGUGGUGGGACGUCUGGACCGAGCGGCUGAGGGUGCGGGCUGACCCUGUAGGUGGCUGCGGCGGGAAGAUGGCGGAGCUGCGCGCGCUCGUAGCUGUCAAGAGGGUCAUCGACUACGCCGUGAAGAUCCGAGUGAAGCCUGACAGGACCGGGGUGGUCACGGAUGGCGUGAAGCACUCCAUGAACCCCUUCUGUGAGAUCGCAGUGGAGGAGGCUGUGCGGCUCAAGGAGAAGAAGCUGGUGAAGGAGGUCAUCGCCGUCAGCUGUGGGCCUGCACAGUGCCAGGAGACCAUUCGUACUGCCCUGGCCAUGGGUGCAGACCGAGGUAUCCACGUGGAGGUGCCCCCAGCAGAAGCAGAACGCUUGGGUCCCCUGCAGGUGGCCCGGGUCCUGGCCAAGCUGGCAGAGAAGGAGAAGGUGGACCUAGUGCUGCUGGGCAAACAGGCCAUCGAUGAUGACUGUAACCAGACAGGGCAGAUGACAGCUGGAUUUCUCGACUGGCCACAGGGCACAUUCGCCUCCCAGGUGACGCUGGAGGGGGACAAGUUGAAAGUGGAGCGGGAGAUCGAUGGGGGCCUGGAGACCCUGCGCCUGAAGCUGCCAGCUGUGGUGACAGCUGACCUGAGGCUCAACGAGCCCCGCUACGCCACGCUGCCCAACAUCAUGAAAGCCAAGAAGAAGAAGAUCGAGGUGAUCAAGCCUGGGGACCUGGGUGUGGACCUGACCUCCAAGCUCUCUGUGAUCAGUGUGGAGGACCCGCCCCAGCGCACAGCCGGCGUCAAGGUGGAGACCACUGAGGACCUGGUGGCCAAGCUGAAGGAGAUUGGGCGGAUUUGAGCCCCUCCCAGAGAUGGCAAUAAAACUGACUCUCAACAUCUA